CCCCAGUGAGAAGUCUUGUCUUUGGAGGCAAGUGAGAGUGUGUUGUCGAGAAAUAACUUGUAUUUGGUGCUAUGGAAUCACUGACUUCUUCUAGUGGCAGAUCCUCCUCCUCCUACCGCUCCUCGGCCCGUUACAGCUCCUCCAGUAGUUUUCGGUCAGAGGGCUCACGGGCUGGAUCAUGCGACUCCCUGGAGGCACUUUUAGAGCCUUUGCUUGACUCGGCAGAUUCCUCCUGCCUGUUUGGUGAAGAGGUCCACGGCGGGCCCGUUUGCCAGGCCCCCUUCGGCAGGCGCGGCAGAUCCUCCUAUGGACUCACUGCUCCAGUGGGUGGCGCUGUUCCUAUUUGUCAGACCGGUGCUGGAGGUGUGCAGUGUGUCGGAGAUGGCUACUAUAUGUCCGCUGAUGUCAGCCAGUUUGAGCCACAUGAUGUUGUGGUAAUGGCGUAUAACCACCAUGUCGUCAUUCACGCUGAGAAGGUCACGGAAGAUGGAAGCGUCAGUGACACAUUCACACAGAAAUCCGUGUUUCCCAAGGACAUGAACCCCCUUUCUGUCUGUGGGACCUUUAACCGUGAUGGUAUCCUGGUUGUGAGUGUCUGCCGGAUCAACCCUACAGAUGGAAAGGAGCCUCUGGCUGUCCCUGCGUACCGCAGCGAAGCUCACCUUUGACAAUCGACUCAAAAUUCUGCCUCGAUCUCAGCUUCUGUCAUGUUGAGGGAAUAUUACUUUUUUUUUAAUACUUAGUCUUGUUAAUUACGCUUCUGAUAAGUUAUUGGUGGAUGACUCAUGGCCACCUCAAUUACUUGCCACUAUAUAUAUUGUACUUACUAUGAACGUGAGCUUUACUGCAGUGUUAACAUUUGCAGCGCAUUGUUUUUUUUAAAUGAAUGAUUGUUCAGUGGAAUAGCUACGUCAUUAAUGGCGGAUCAGCAUUUCUUUUGUAUAAAAAUAAGAGCUGUAACUUUUUCUUUAACUAUCCAAGACAGGCUUUACUUUGAGAUUGAUGUACUAUUUCAUCUAUUAAAAAAAGUGACUGAAUUAAUCAUUUUUGCCAAACAUUGAUUUGUAUUUUGUUUCUCUGAUUAAACAAAUGUAUUAGGUUAUGCUUUGA